GGGAGGCGGAGAAUUCAAUUCUGGGUUUGAUCGCGUGACCUCGUAAUUGACGUCCGGCGGCCACGUUGUAUGUACGGGAGAGGGAGGCGGUACGUUCUUUCAGUUCAGUGCAGGUUGUCGUUCCGCACGUAGGUGAUGUUCUUGGGGACAAGUAGUAGUUGAUCUCCACACACAGACACACACACACACACAUAGAAAACCCAAAAAAUAUGGCCUCGUGACAUAGGUAAAGGCCUAUGUGAGAGGUAGGCAGUUCUUUCUCUCACCUCGUCGUUAACAGCGAGAAGCAUCUGGUAUAGCUGCAUAGAAAGGCGAUGUGCGAGAAGUAGGCGAUCUGCAGAGCGCGCCGUCAUUGGUGAUUGUGUUAAGCGUUAGUUUGUCCCGCGCGUUUUGCUCAUUGUCGCUCUUCUUUGGGAGAAGUAGGUGGUCUUCUUCGUCUUCUCCGUCCCUCAAUUUCUUCACGAGCAAGACACUAAACAUCGAAACAGCCUGACGUAAAGGGAAGUUUUCGAUUCCUUUUGACGUCAACAACAAUGGUCGACCUAACAGCGUUUGUCGUUGCUGCUUCGACAUUUGGAGAGACGCCAGGAAGAACAAAAGGGGAGGACGAGGAGGAGGAAGAAGAAGAUGACGAGGAGGAGGAAGAAGAAGACGACGAGGAGGAGGAAGAAGUCGAGGAGCAGGAGAUAGACAUGGCGCAAGAAGAAGAGGAGGAGGAGGACGAGGAGGAGGAGAAAGACAUGGCGCAUGAAGAAGAGGAGGAGGAGGAGGAGGAGGAAAACGCGGAUGAAGAAGCGGACGAGGAGCGGGAGGCGGUGUUGCUGGUCUGUGCAGGUUACUUCCUAUUCACGAUCUUUCAGGCAUCAGAUCCAGGGAUCCGGCAUGCUAUCUUGUACAAGACAUUUGUGUAUUAUAAUCCUCUCGUCGUUGUUGUCAUUGUGUUGUGGCUAUGGGGAAUCAACUUGUAUGUUUUUGCCAACUCCAGAGUGAGCUAUUCCAAAAUCUUUGAGUUUGAUCACGGCCACCUGACACACGGAGACAUUUGGAAGAUCGCCGGGUGGCUGUCGACACUUCUAGCGGUGUGUGCAGCCUGCUGUAUGUAUUUGUUAUUCGUCGGUGAUGGAGAUCUGGCUGCUCUGCAGACGAUGAUUUCUUACGCAGCAAUACCGUUUGUACUUGCAUUUCCAAUCGACGCGUUUCAUUUAAGCUCAAGACAUUUCUUCUUGAAGACAUUAGUUCGCAUUUGUCUGCCUUUCCAGGCAAUCAGCUUUUCAGAUUUCUUUAUUGCUGAUGUUAUGACAUCAAUGGCACGAGUUUUCUCGGAAAUGGAUAGGGCUCUUUGCUGGAUGACAACGUCGGCUAUAAGGGACAAAGUGAAUCCUGACGAGGAUGCUGUUCAGCUGUGCAGUGAUCAGACGAGAUUGAUACCAUUCUUCAUUCUCGCUCUGCCAUAUGCUUGCCGUUUUUUUCAGUGCAUUCGUCAGUACACCGACACCGGGGACAAGUCCUGCCUUUUCAAUGCUCUGAAGUAUGCAACCUCCUUUCCCGUCAUUUUUCUGUCUGCAAUGAAGUACCAUGCAUCGCCUACGUAUUGGCACAUAUUUGAGGUCGCAUGGGUCAUGAGUAGCAUCUUCAAUUCAUCCUAUUCUUUCUAUUGGGACGUCGCACGAGAUUGGGAUUUCGGGUGCAUCUCUGGAAGAACUCCGUUGCUUCGCCGCAACCUGUACUACUCUGCUAGAUGGACGUACUACUGGGUCAUCUUGUCCGACCUGGUGUUGCGUGGGACAUGGACAUAUAAGCUCUCUGCUCAUUUGGGAGAUUAUCACUUCAUUGGACACUUGGGUGGAAAGGAAUUGAUGAAAUUUGUGGUUGCACUGCUGGAGGUAUUCCGGCGGUGGCAGUGGAUUUUCUUCAGAGUCGAGUGUGAAUGGAAUAGAAUAAAUAAUAAGCUUGGAGGAGCGAAUGGCAGUGCGAAGGAGUCAAAGGAUAUCUCCGAGUCAUCUGAUAUGUGCAGUGUUGGGGGCUCUGCAUGUUUGUUGCCUGCUGCUGUGAUGUCUGCUGCACGCAUUGCGAGGUGGGAUGGAAGAAGAAGGGAUGGAUGGCAAGAUGGGAUGGAGGGAUGGAUGGCGAGAUGUGAUGGAAGGAGGAGGAAGACGGAGGAGGAAGAAGGAGGGGGAAGAAGAUGGAGGAAGGAGGAGGAGGAAGAAGGAGGAAGAAGAAGAAGGAAGAAGAAGGAGGAAGGAGGAGGAGCAAGGAGGAGGAAGAAGAAGGAUGAAGGAGGAGAAGGAAGAAGGGAUGGAUGGCGAGAUGUAAUGGAAGAAGGAGGAAGAAGGAAGAGGAAGAAGGAGGAAGAAGAUGGAGGAAGGAGGAGGAGGGAGAAGAAAAAGGAAGGAGGAGGAAGGACGAGGAAGAAGAAGGAGGAAGGAGGAGAAGGAAGAAGGGAUGGAUGGCGAGAUGGGAUGGUGGGAUGGAUUGCGAGAUGGGAUGGUGGGAUGGAUGGCGAGAUAGGAGGAGGAGGAGGAGAAGGAGAAGGAGGAGGAGGAGGAGGAGGAGGACGACAAGAACGGAGGACGAGGAGGAGAUAUGGAGGACGAGGAAGGGGAGGAGUAGGACGAGCGGGAGGAGAGGAGGAGGAGGAGGAGGAGGAGGAGGAGGAGGCAGUGAGGAUGAUGAAGGGGAGGUCGAAGCCGGUGAUACUCACCGGGCGAUGGCGGCAGCUUCUCCCUCGCAGGGCAACACGGCAGCACAACAGCACGGCAACACUUCAGCACGGGGCGGCACUUCGCAGCACUUCGCAAUGGCACUCCGUACCUCGCAGAUGGAGCUGGAGCGAUGGCGCCACAGGUGCACCGUCAGAUGAUGCAGUUGGCGAGUUCCUGAGGAGAUAUCCACUGAGCUUCAUUUUCAGGGCUUUCGAGCACUCCUCAGACGUGCCAGGGCUCGAAUCGGCAGCGUGCGCAGCACUUGAACGCAUUUUCAACGCCCCUCUUGGUGCAUCGAUGCUGCCGUCUGCAAUGCCAUAUGCAGCCGCAGGUCUGAAAGCGCCAUCAACCAGUGUUCGGAAACUUGCAUGCUCGCAGGAGUAUAUGAGUAAGAAAAUGCCAUCAAAGAAGUUGGCUAAGUCCACCUACGAAAGGGAACUCUAUGCUCUCUACAAGGCACUUGUCCAUUGGAGACACUUCCUUUUGGGAAGGUUCUUCUACUUGAGGACUGAUCAUCAGACCCUCAAAUGGAUCAAGACUCAACCGGCUCUUUCUGAUGCACUCAAGCGAUGGAUUGAGGUCAUAGAUCAAUAUGACUUCAAGCUUGAGUACCUGAAGGGAGAGUACAACAAGGUUGCAGACGCGCUAUCCCGUAGAGCAGACUACCUAGGUGCGCUAGUUUCUGACUUUGGCGUAUCUAAUGAAGUAACUCAAUCAUUGGUGGGAGCCUAUCAGGAAGACCCUGUCACGAUGGACAUCAUCCGCAAACUUCAGGCAAAAGACAAGGCCACAAAAAGUGAGUUUGUGAUGGUGGACGGGCUAAUCCAUCUUGAUAAGGCCGGAGUAAAGAGAUUGUUAGUUCCAUGUAGUGAACACUUGCGUAGUUUAUUUUUAGGCGAAUGUCAUGACGCAACUGGGCACUUUGGCUACAAGAAGACGAGUGCUAACUUAGUACAACGAUUUUGGUGGCCCAGAAUGUUAGAUGACGCAAAGAAGUAUCUUGAGACCUGUCAGGUCUGUACGCGGGACAAGCUGCGAACUCAAGCCCCGCUUGGGUUGUUGAAGCCCUUACCUAUUCUUGAUGGUCCAGGAUUGAGUGUUUCCAUGGAUUUCAUGGACACCCUAGUGACCAGCAAGAGUGGUAAAAGGCACAUUUUCAUCAUCAUUGACCGAUUCACCAAGUACGCUAGACUAGUACCAAUGCCAGAGACAACCAGGACAGAAUACGUCAUCAAGUUGUUCAAGGACAACUGGGUAAGGGACUUUGGUUUACCAAAGACCAUCAUUAGUGACCGAGACGUCCGAUUCACAAGUGAGCUGUGGAAGAAGACUGCGGGACAGAUGGGCAGUCAACUUCAGAUGACUUCAGGGAAUCAUCUCGAAGCCAACGGACAGGCCGAACAAAUGAAUAGAGUUGUACAGCACUUGCUGAGGCAUUACAUCAAGCCCAGCCAGGAUGACUGGGAUGAGCAUUUACCUCUCAUCGCCAGCCUGUACAACAAUGCUAUACAUAGCAGUACCGGCGUUAGUCCUAACCAGCUUCACUUUGGAUGGAAGCCUAGAUCAGCACUAAACUUCCUCCUACCUGAAAACCGACCGGCUGCAACUCCAGGCACACUUGAAUACGGUGUGCAAUAUGAGAAAUUGCUGCAAGACUUGAAUACGGUGUGCAAUAUGAGAAAUUGCUGCAAGAGGCUGUUGAACAUAUGAAGAAGGCUCAGCAAGCCAUGAUUGCUUCUGAGAAUCAACAUCGCAGACAGUC